GCCGCCGCCGCCGCCGCCGCCGCCGCCGCGGGAGGAGCCGGAGGAGCCCAAGAGGCGUCGCGGGCGGACGGGCCGCGGACCGAGCUCGGACUGAUGGCCAGUCGGUAGGCAAAAAUGGCCACCAUGGUUCCACCUGUGAAGCUGAAAUGGCUCGAGCACCUCAACAGCUCUUGGAUCACCGAAGACAGCGAAUCGAUUGCUACCAGGGAAGGCGUCUCGGUCCUGUAUGCGAAACUAGUCAGUAAUAAAGAAGUCGUCCCGUUGCCUCAGCAGGUCUUCUGCCUCAAAGGGCCCCAGCUGCCCGACUUCGAGCGCGAGUCCCUGUCGAGCGAUGAGCAAGACCACUACCUGGACGCCCUUCUCGGCAGCCAGCUGGCCCUGGCUAAGAUGGUGUGCUCCGACUCCCCCUUCGCCGGGGCGCUCCGUAAGCGCUUGCUCGUGUUGCAGCGCAUCUUCUACGCACUUUCCAAUAAGUACCACGACAAAGGCAGGGUGAAGCAGCAGCAGCAUUCUCCGGAGAGCAGUUCUGGGUCCACGGACAUCCACUCUGUCAGCGAGAGGCCGCGGUCGAGCACGGACGCGCUUAUAGAAAUGGGGGUCCGGACUGGGCUGAGCCUGCUGUUUGCGCUGCUGAGGCAAAGCUGGAUGAUGCCAGCUGCAGGACCCGGGAUUAGCCUUUGCAACGACGUCAUUCACACUGCAAUAGAGGUGGUCAAUUCUUUGCCCCCUUUGUCCCUAGCUAACGAGAGCAAGAUCCCCCCCAUGGGCCUGGACUGCCUCUCUCAAGUCACAGUCUUUCUUAAAGGAGUAACGGUUCCCAACUCUGGGGCAGACACCCUUGGGCGGAGGCUGGCUUCUGAGCUGCUGCUUGGCUUAGCGGCUCAGCGUGGCUCGCUGCGGUAUCUCUUGGAGUGGAUCGAGAUGGCCCUCGGUGCGUCAGCGGUGGUCCACACGAUGGAGAGGAGCAAACCGUUGCAGGCUCCGGAAGGCAUGAUCAGCUUCGAUUGUUUCAUGGCUAUCCUGAUGCAAAUGAGGCGGUCACUGGGAUCAUCUGCAGACCGAAGUCAGUGGAGGGAGCCUACAAGAACCUCUGAAGGCUGGUGCUCCCUCUACGAGGCAGCAUUGUGUCUCUUUGAGGAGGUGUGCCGGAUGGCCUCUGACUACUCCAGGACGUGUGCCAGUCCAGAUAGCAUCCAGACUGGGGACACUCCCAUUGUUUCUGAAACCUGUGAAGUCUAUGUUUGGGGCAGCAACAGCAGCCACCAACUUGUGGAAGGAACCCAAGAGAAGAUCCUUCAGCCUAAAUUGGCUCCAAGUUUCUCUGAUGCGCAGACAAUUGAAGCUGGGCAGUAUUGCACCUUUGUAAUAUCCACGGAUGGCUCCGUCCGAGCUUGUGGCAAAGGCAGCUACGGCAGGUUGGGAUUGGGUGAUUCCAACAAUCAGUCCACUCUGAAGAAGUUGACCUUUGAGCCUCACCGGUCAAUCAAGAAGGUGUCGUCUUCAAAGGGUUCUGAUGGCCACACGUUGGCGUUUACCACAGAAGGAGAAGUCUUCAGCUGGGGAGACGGUGACUAUGGAAAACUUGGCCAUGGAAAUAGCUCUACACAAAAAUACCCUAAACUUAUACAGGGCCCUUUGCAAGGAAAGGUAGUGAUUUGUGUAUCGGCUGGGUACCGGCAUAGUGCUGCUGUCACAGAGGAUGGUGAAUUGUACACCUGGGGAGAAGGAGACUUUGGCAGACUAGGUCACGGUGACAGCAACAGCCGUAACAUCCCAACCUUGGUGAAAGACGUCAGCAACGUGGGAGAGGUUUCCUGCGGCAGCUCACACACCAUCGCGUUGUCCAAGGACGGGAGAGCGGUCUGGUCUUUCGGAGGAGGAGACAAUGGCAAACUGGGUCAUGGAGACACCAACAGAGUGUAUAAACCCAAAGUGAUAGAAGCUCUACAAGGGAUGUUCAUACGGAAAGUUUGCGCCGGAAGUCAGUCUUCACUUGCUCUGACAUCAACUGGACAAGUGUCUGCCUGGGGCUGCGGGGCAUGCUUAGGGUGCGGCUCCUCAGAAGCCACGGCUCUCCGACCCAAGCUGAUUGAAGAGCUGGCUGCCACCCGAAUCGUGGAUAUUUCAAUUGGUGACAGCCAUUGUUUGGCACUCUCUCACGAUAAUGAAGUUUAUGCUUGGGGUAACAAUUCCAUGGGGCAGUGUGGCCAGGGGAAUUCCACUGGCCCCAUUACUAAGCCAAAGAAAGUGAGUGGUUUAGACGGGGUCGCCAUUCAACAGAUUUCUGCUGGAACGUCACACAGUCUGGCUUGGACAGCCCUUCCCAGAGACAGGCAAGUUGUUGCCUGGCACAGGCCGUAUUGCGUGGAUCUUGAAGAAAGUACCUUCUCACAUCUCCGCUCUUUCCUUGAGCAGUACUGUGACAAAAUUAAUAGUGAGAUUCCUCCUCUUCCUUUUCCUUCCUCAAGGGAGCACCACAACUUCCUAAAGCUGUGUCUGAAGCUCCUCUCUAACCACCUUGCUCUCGCGUUGGCUGGCGGAGUGGCUACCAGCAUUCUUGGCAGGCAGGCGGGCCCCCUUCGGAAUCUCUUGUUUCGCUUGAUGGAUUCUUCUGUCCCAGAUGAAAUACAGGAGGUGGUGAUUGAGACUCUGUCAGUCGGAGCAACCAUGCUGCUGCCUCCCUUGAGAGAGAGGAUGGAACUGCUGCACUCCCUUCUUCCCCAAGGCCCUGACAGAUGGGAGAGCUUAUCCAAAGGGCAGCGAAUGCAGCUGGAUAUUAUUCUGACAAGCUUGCAGGACCACACUCACGUAGCCUCCUUGCUUGGCUAUAGCUCCCCAUCGGAUGCUACAGACAUUUCCUCCCUGUGUGUGGCUUAUGGGAAUAUCUCCGAUUCAGCCUAUGGAGCCCAGAGUAACCAUCCUGACACGCAUCUGGCUGAAAUCUUAAUGAAGACUCUUCUGCGCAAUUUAGGGUUCUAUACUGAUCAAGCGUUUGGAGAGCUGGAAAAAAACAGUGACAAAUUUUUGCUUGGGACGUCUUCAUCCGAGAACAGCCAGCCGGCUCAUCUUCACGAACUGCUUUGUUCCCUGCAGAAACAGCUCCUGGCAUACUGUCACAUCAACAGCGUUGGUGAGAACUCCAGCAGCGUGGCCCUCCUGCAUAAGCACCUUCAACUUCUGUUGCCGCAUGCUACAGACAUCUAUUCCCGCUCGGCUACUCUGCUGAAGGAGAGUUCUUGGAACGGUAGUGUUGGCGAAAAACUAAGAGAUGUCAUUUAUGUGUCUGCAGCAGGAAGCAUGCUCUGCCAGAUCAUUAAUGCGCUGCUUUUACUGCCUGUAUCGGUAGCCCGGUCUUUACUGAGCUACCUUCUGGAUCUGUUGCCACCUCUGGAUUGCCUUAACAGACUUCUGCCAGCUGCUGUGCUUUUAGAAGAUCAGGAGUUACAGUGGCCUCUUCAUGGUGGGCCUGAACUGGUUGAUCCAGCUGGAAUGCCCUUACCCCAGCCUGCCCAGGUGUGGGUGUGGCUUGUGGACCUCGAGAGAACCGUCGCAUUGCUUAUUGGACGGUGUCUUGGGGGGAUGCUGCAGGGAUCGCCUGUGUCCCCCGAAGAGCAGGAUACGGCUUACUGGUUGAAAACCCCGUUGUUCAGUGACGGAGUGGAAAUGGAUAUUCCCCAGUUAGAGAAAUCUGUGAGCUCCCUGCUGGAGGUCGCCCUCUCUGGAAAUGAAGAGCAGAAGCCGUUUGAUUACCGUCUGCACCCGGAAGUCUCCACCUUUGUGGAUUUGGCCUUGGGAUGCGCAAAGGAGCCGGCCCGCAGCCUCUGGGUCAGCAUGCAGGACUACGCAGUGAGCAAAGAUUGGGACAGCGCGACCUUGAGCAGUGAGUCGCUUCUGGAUACCGUGUCCCGAUUUGUCCUUGCUGCCCUUUUGAAACACACAAAUUUGCUCAGUCAAGCAAGUGGUGAAAGCAGGUAUCAGCCAGGAAAAACAUUGGUAGAAAUCUACCGAUGUGUGUAUAAAGUUCGGAAUCGUUUGCUUGCUUGUAAGAACAUGGAACUUAUCCCAACUCGGUCGUCCUCCAGGGAUAGAUGGCUGUCAGAAAAUCCAGAAUCGUCCGACAUAGAUGCUCCGGAAAUCCCCUUUACCCGGACCAUCGACGAGGAGGCGGAGAUGGAGGAGCAGGCGGAAAGGGAGAGAGAGGAGGGGCAUCCAGAGCAGGAGGAGGAGGAGGAGGAGAGGGAGCACGAAGUGAUGACCGCUGGCAAAAUAUUUCAAUGUUUCCUAUCAGCCCGUGAAGUAGCUCGCAGCCGAGAUCGAGAGAGAAUUAAUGGUGGGGUGGGGGCACAAGCAGAUGACCAGCCCCCCCAGUCCCAGCAAGAGCGGCGAGUCAGCAGAGACCUCCCGGAGGGCCAGGAUGUGUACACGGCUGCCUGCAACUCGGUGAUCCACCGCUGUGCCCUGCUGAUCCUGGGGGUCAGCCCUGUGAUUGACGAGCUCCAGAAGCGAAGGGAGGAAGGGCAGUCUCAGCAGCUCUCGGGCGGCACGCCAGAAGGGAUUGGCCUCAUGACCAGAAGUGAAAGUCUUACUGCGGAAAGCCGUUCCAGCCACUCCACAUCAAGUUAUAAACUGAUGAAAUCGAGGAGUGAAUCUGACCUGUCUCAGCCUGAAUCAGAUGAAGAAAAUUAUUCACUGAGUGGAAGGCGAAAUGUGGAUUUGGAUUUGGCAUCAUCCCAUAGAAAGAAAGGCAUGGUCCACAGCCCGCUCGAAACACUCGGUGAUUCGUGGACUCGGCUGAAGCAGCGAGAUUGGCUCUCCAGCUCGUCUUGCUUGUUUGGAGAGUCCGACUUUGACUUCACAAAAUCUGUUGGCGUUCAUACUUUGAUGGAGAACGUCAUUAGCUUCGUAAGUGGGGAUGUAGGAAGCUCCCCAGGCUUUAAAGAGCCUGAAGAAAGUAUGUCCACCAACCCCCAAGCCUACAUCAUUGCUAUGGAGCAGCAGCAACAGAGAGCAGAGCUGCGCCUGGAGGCCUUGCAUCAGAUCCUGGUUCUGCUUUCGGGGAUGGAGGAGAAGGGCAGCACUGCCUCCCUCGGGAGCCGCCAAGGGCUGGGGUUCCAGUCUUCCUCGCUUCUCACCUCGGUGAGGCUGCAGUUCCUGGCGGGGUGCUUUGGCUUGGGCACCGUGGGGCACGUUGGGGCCAAAGGAGAGAGCGUCCGGCUGCACCACUACCAGGAUGGCAUCAGAGCAGCGAAGAGAAGCAUCCAGGCCGAGAUUCAGGCGGCUGUGCACAAGACAUACCAACAGCUGUCUGCGACCUUGGAAAGAGCUCUUCAAGCAAACAAGCACCACGUGGAGGCACAGCAGCGGCUCCUGCUGGUAACUGUGUUUGCCCUGAGUGUACACUACCAGCCAGUCGAUGUGUCCCUGGCCAUCUCCACCGGACUGCUGAAUGUCCUUUCUCAGCUGUGCGGGACGGACACCGUGCUUGGUCAGCCCCUGCAGCUGUUGCCGAAAAGUGGCAUUUCCCAACUCAGCACUGCUUUGAAAGUAGCCAGCACUAGGUUACUUCAGAUUCUUGCCAUCACCACAGGGACUUACGCAGAUAAAUUGAGCCCCAAAGUGGUACAGUCCUUGCUGGAUCUACUGUGCAGCCAGUUGAAAAACCUGUUAUCGCAAGCGGGUGUGAUGCUUAUGACUUCUUCCUUUGGAGAAAAAGAAAUCGAUCAGGAUGAAAAGAAAACAGAAUCAAAAAGUGACACUGAGAGGAAAGACUUCAAAGUUGCCCUCCGGAAACAGCAUGCUGCAGAGUUACAUCUAGGAGAUUUCUUAGUUUUUCUCAGAAGAGUGGUUUCGUCAAAAGCCAUUCAGUCCAAAAUGGCUUCUCCAAAGUGGACAGAGGUGCUUCUGAACAUAGCUUCUCAAAAGUGCUGCUCAGGCGUGCCUUUGGUCGGCAGACUGAGGACCAGGCUGCUGGCACUCCACGUCCUGGAAGCUGUGCUGCCUGCCUGUGAAUCCAGCGUGGAGGAUGACCAGAUGGCUCAGGUGAUUGAGCGGCUGUUCUCCCUCCUGUCUGACUGCACGUGGGAGAGCCCAGUUGCCCAGGCCAAGCACGUAAUUCAGAUCAAAGAGAAAGAACAAGAAACCAAGCUGCAGAAGCAGGGUGAGUCUGAAGAAGAGGACGAGAACCUUCCCAUCCAGGAGGUCUCCUUUGACCCCGAAAAGGCUCAGUGCUGCAUAGUGGAAAAUGGCCAGAUUCUAACUCAUGGCAGCGGAGGCAAGGGCUAUGGGCUGGCAUCCACCGGAGUUUCGUCUGGCUGUUACCAGUGGAAGUUUUACAUUGUGAAGGAAAAUCGAGGCAACGAAGGAACCUGCGUGGGAGUGUCUCGUUGGCCCGUUCAUGACUUUAACCAUCGUACCACCUCAGAUAUGUGGCUGUACAGAGCUUACAGCGGCAAUCUCUACCACAACGGGGAGCAGACCUUGACGCUGACCAGUUUUACCCAGGGGGACUUCAUUACCUGCGUGUUGGAUAUGGAAGCGAGAACUAUUUCUUUUGGCAAGAAUGGAGAGGAACCCAAACUGGCUUUCGAAGAUGUGGAUGCUGGAGAACUGUACCCUUGUGUGAUGUUUUAUAGCAGUAACCCUGGAGAAAAGGUGAAGAUCUGCGACAUGCAGAUGCGUGGCACCCCACGCGACUUGCUGCCGGGAGAUCCCAUCUGCAGCCCGGUUGCUGCGGUGCUGGCGGAGGCCACCAUUCAGCUGAUCCGCAUCCUGCACCGGACUGACGGGUGGACGCACUGCAUCAACAAAAAAAUGGUGGAGAGGCUGUGCAAAAUCAAAGGGUGCCUUAAAGAUCCUGGCCAGAAGCUGAAGAAAAGCCGCUCCGUGCAGAGUCGAGAGGAGAACGAGGUGCGAGAGGAGGAGGAGAAAGUGAAGCACUGCGGCCGGCAGCACGGGCUGGCAGAUCUCUCGGAACUGCAGCUGAAGACGCUCUGCGUGGAGGUUUGGCCGGUCCUGGCGGUGAUUGGCGGGGUGGAUGCUGGCCUUCGAGUUGGGGGACGCUGUGUUCACAAGCAGACCGGGCGACACGCCACCUUGCUGGGUGUGGUCAAGGAAGGCAGUGCGUCUGCCAAGGUCCAGUGGGACGAGGCAGAGAUCACCCUCAGCUUCCCAACUUUUUGGUCGCCUAGUGAUACGCCACUGUAUAACCUGGAACCUUGCGAACCACUGCCUUUUGACGUUGCAAGAUUCCGGGGACUGACAGCUACUGUCUUGCUGGACCUCACCUAUCUGACUGGCAUCCAUGAAGACUUGGGAAAGCAGAGCAUUAAGCGACAUGAGAAGAGACACAGACACGACUUGGAAGACAAAGGAGACCCUGACCAGAAAACUGAGGGCGAUUCUGCACCAGAUGCACGGUCUGUGCCAGGCACCGAGGAGGUCAAAGGACACGCAGCCAAACUGGAAAAUGAAGCCUCUUCCUUCUCUUUAGAAGCCAUUUCCUUGGGCAUGGAGUGCCAACAUCUAAAUGCUGAUGGCAAACGAAAGAACCAUGAACACACCUCAAAGAGCUAUGAGGCUGCACAGUCAGAAAUCAGGGCUGUACAAUUAUCCUACCUUUACCUUGGUGCUAUGAAAUCCCUUAGCACACUCCUUAGUUGCAGUAAAUACGCUGAACUGUUACUGAUUCCCAAAGUCCUGGCUGAGAACGGCCACAACUCGGAUUGUGCCAGUUCUCCCGUCGUCCAUGAAGAAGUGGAAAUGCGCACUGCCUUGCAGUUCUUGAUGCGCCAUAUGGUGAAACGGGCGGUCAUGCGCUCCCCCAUCAAGAGGGCGCUGGGACUCGCUGACUUGGAGCGGGCACAAGCAAUGAUCUACAAAUUAGUUGUGCACGGACUGCUGGAAGACCAGUGCGGCACUAAAGUUAAGCAAGACAUAGACCAGCAAACGGAAGAGAAUGACCAAGCCCAGCAGGCCCAGACACCCGUGACGACAAGUCCUUCGGCCUCAAGCACCACAUCUUUCAUGAGCAGCUCUCUGGAAGAUACGACGACAGCCACCACCCCCGUAACCGAUACGGAGACCGUGCCCGCCUCAGAGUCCCCGGGCGUUCUGCCGCUCAGCCUCCUGAGGCAAAUGUUCUCCAGCUACCCAACCACGGGCGUCCUUCCCGCCAGACGGGCACAGACACCCCCCAUCUCCUCUCUGCCGACCUCCCCCUCUGACGACGUGGGCAGGCGGCAGUCACUCACCUCCCCGGACUCUCAGCCCGCCAGGCCUGCCAAUCGCACAGCCUUGUCCGACCCAAGCAGCCGCCUGUCGACUUCCCCCCCUCCUCCUGCUGUCGCGGUGCCCUUGUUAGAAAUGGGGUUUUCCCUCCGGCAGAUUGCUAAAGCAAUGGAAAGCACAGGUGCCAGAGGAGAAGCCGACGCCCAAAACAUCACUGUCCUGGCAAUGUGGAUGAUCGAGCAUCCUGGGAACGAGGAAGAGGAAGAGCCUCAGUCAGAAGAAAUGGUGGAUUCCCGACAUGGAGCGUUAGUCCCUGGGGGUGGUGGGAAGUCCAGUGACCAGUGUUACCUGCAGUCUCCAGGAGACCUGCCUUCAGCCGAUGCCACUGAAAUGGAGGAAGGCUUCAGUGAAAGCCACGAUAAUAUGGAUCAUGCAGAAAAUGCAGCGUCUGGAAGUGGGCCCUUGGCAAGAGGCCGGUCGGCAGUAACCAGGAGACAUAAAUUCGACCUAGCUGCUCGGACGCUGCUGGCCCGUGCUGCGGGAUUGUACCGCUCUGUACAGGCCCACCGGAGUCAGAGUCGGAGGGAAGGGAUCUCCUUGCCCCAGGAUCCCGGCGCACUCUAUGACUUCAACCUGGACGAGGAGCUGGAACUCGAGCUGGACGAGGAGGCCAUGGAAGCCAUGUUCGGGCCAGACCUUGCCGGGGACAGUGACAUUCUGGGAAUGUGGAUCCCAGAGGUACUGGACUGGCCGACCUGGCAUGUUUGUGAAUCUGAAGACAGGGAAGAAGUGGUAGUAUGUGAGUUGUGUGAAUCCAGUGUUGUCAGCUUCAAUCAACACAUGAAAAGAAACCACCCGGGCUGCGGGCGUAGCGCAAACCGUCAAGGCUAUCGUAGCAACGGCUCCUACGUGGAUGGGUGGUUUGGUGGUGAAUGUGGAAGUGGGAACCCUUACUACCUCUUGUGCGGCAGCUGCCGAGAAAAAUACUUGGCCCUGAAGAGCAAAUCUAAGACAUCUGUCUCAGAAAGAUACAAAGGUCAGGCUCCUGAUCUAAUAGGCAAGCAAGAGAGUGUCUAUGAAGAAGACUGGGACAUGCUGGAUGUCGAUGAGGAUGAAAAGCUGACGGGCGAAGAGGAAUUUGAGCUGCUGGCGGGACCCCUUGGGCUGAAUGACCGGCGCAUUGUGCCCGAACCUGUUCAGUUCCCAGACAGUGAUCCGCUGGGAGCCUCUGUUGCCAUGGUCACCGCCAUCAAUAGCAUGGAGGAAACGCUGAUGCAGAUAGGCUGCCAUGGCUCUGUGGAGAAAAGCUCUUCGGGCAGAAUCACCCUGGGAGAACAGGCGGCUGCCUUGAUGAAUCCCCACGACCGCAUUAUGGCUUUAAGGAGGGUGACGGCGGCUGCUCAGGUCCUCUUGGCCCGGACCAUGGUCAUGAGAGCCCUCUCGCUGCUCUCCGUCAGCGGGUCCAGCUGCAGCCUCGCGGCAGGCCUUGAGUCCCUGGGCCUGACGGACAUCCGGACCCUGGUGCGCCUGAUGUGCCUGGCCGCGGCAGGGAGGGCAGGCCUCUCCACGAGUCCCUGCUCUGUGGUGGGCUCCUCCGAGAGGCCGCGGGGCGUCCAGAGCCAGAUGACCAAGCCCAUCUCCUGCUUGGCCUACCUGAGCACGGCCGUCGGCUGCCUGGCUUCCAACGCUCCAAGUGCUGCCAAGCUGCUGGUUCAGUUGUGUACUCAGAAUUUGAUUUCAGCAGCAACUGGUGUCAAUUUAACUACAGUGGAUGACCCCGUGCAGCGAAAAUUCUUGCCGAGUUUUCUGCGAGGAAUAGCAGAAGAGAACAAACUUGUAACGUCCCCCAACUUUGUCGUAACUCAGGCCCUCGUGGCCUUGCUGGCGGACAAGGGGGCCAAGCUGAGGCCCAGUUACGAUAAAGCGGAAAUUGAAAAGAAAGGCCCUCUGGAGCUGGCCAACGCCCUGGCGGCUUGCUGCCUCUCUUCGCGGCUGUCCUCACAGCACAGACAGUGGGCCGCUCAGCAGCUGGUGCGGACUCUAGCCGCUCACGAUCGCGAUAACCAAGGCAGCCCGCAGACCCUGGCGGACAUGGGAGGGGACCUGCGGAAGUGCUCCUUCAUCAAACUGGAGGCUCACCAGAACAGGGUCAUGACUUGUGUUUGGUGCAACAAGAAGGGUCUUCUGGCAACCAGUGGCAGUGAUGGAACCAUCCGCGUGUGGAAUGUAACCAAGAAGCAGUACUCAUUGCAGCAGACCUGUGUGUUCAGCAAACUAGAAGGAGAAGCAGAAGAAAAUUUGGGGUCCCCCAGUGACCCCAGUUUUUCUCUCGCCUGUUGGAGUAUCAGUGGCAAGUACCUGGCUGGAGCCCUGGAGAAGAUGGUGAACAUAUGGCAGGUCAACGGAGGAAAGGGGCUCCUGGACAUUCAACCGCAUUGGGUCUCUGCUCUCACCUGGCCUGAAGAAAGUCCCUCUGCAGCCUGGACAGGAGAUUCUCCAGAACUCCUGCUGGUUGGGCGGAUGGAUGGGUCUUUGGGGCUAAUUGAAGUUCUGGAUGUUUCCACCAUGCACAGAAUUGAAUUGGAACACUGCUACAGGAAGGAUGUGUCGGUUACCUGCCUUGCCUGGUUCAGCGAGGACAAUCCUUUUGCCGUCGGCUACAUGGAUGGGAAGUUGUUGAUAGGCACAAGAGAACCACGCGAGACAGGAGGGAUUGUCCUGGUGGAUGCACACAAGGACACCAUUGUCAGCAUGAAAUGGGAUCCCGCUGGGAAGAUUCUCAUGACGUGUGCAAAGGAAGAGUCGGUCAAGCUCUGGGGGUCCUCGGGGAGCUGCUGGCGGCAUUUGUACACCCUUUCCCACCAGGCAGUGGUGAAUGCCAUUGUCUGGUGCAGCCUUCUGGGAAAAGGCCCGAAGAUGCAGCUUCUGCUGGCCACUGGAUGCCAGAAUGGCUUGGUUUGUGUUUGGACAGUUCCCCAAGAUGAGUCGGUCUUCCUGCAAUCAAGCCUUAGCUGUUCAGAAGAAUGGUGGGAUGAAGAAAUCAGCAGCAAGGAGGCGUACAGAAAAGUAGCAGAGACCAAGUGCAUUUAUCAGCUGAAAGGACAUAUCACACCCGUGCGGACCAUGACGUUCAGUUCUGAUGGACUGACCUUGGUGUCUGGGGGACUCGGGGGCCUAAUCAAUAUCUGGUCUUUACGGGAUGGGUCCGUCCUGCAGAGUGUGGUGAUCGGUUCUGGAGCUAUUCAGACCGUGGUUUGGAUCCCUGAGGUUGGAGUUGCUGCUUGUUCUAGUAGAUCUAAGGACGUCCUGGUGGUGAAUUGCACUUCAGAAUGGGUCUCUUCCAACCACGUCUUGGCAACAUGCAGGACUGCUUUGAAACAACAGGGCAUUUUUGGCUUAAACAUGGCCCCUUGUAUGAGGGCUUUCCUGGAACGGCUGCCCAUAAUGCUUCAGGAACAGUAUGCUUACGAAAAGCCCUACGUGGUUUGUGGAGACCAGCUUGUUCACAGUCCAUACAUGCAGUGCUUGGCUUCCCUGGCUGUGGGGCUCCACCUGGACCAGCUCUUGUGCAACCCGCCCCUCCCUCCACAUCACCAGGCCUGCCCGCCAGACACUUUGAGCUGGAACCCAACCGAGUGGGCCUGGCUGGAGUGUUUCUCAACGACAGUCAAGGCGGCAGAAGCGUUGGCCAAGGGAGCCACGUUCCCGGACUCCUUCACUGUCCCGGACCUGGAGCCGGUGCCGGAGGAAGAGCUGGCCCUCCUGAUGGAUAACGGUAAAUGGAUUAACGGGAUGGAUGAGCAGAUCAUGUCCUGGGCCACAUCACGACCGGAGGAUUGGCACCUUGGGGGAAAGUGUGACGUCUGCCUCUGGGGAGCUGGAAGGCACGGGCAGCUUGCAGAGGCCGGAAGGAAUGUCCUGGUGCCCGUCUCAGCCCCCUCCUUCUCACAAGCGCAGCAGGUUGUUUGCGGCCAAAACUGUACGUUCGUGAUUCAAGCAAAUGGAACGGUUUUGGCGUGCGGAGAAGGGAGCUACGGCCGGCUGGGACAAGGGAAUUCUGACGAUCUUCACGUGCUUACUGUGAUUUCAGCUCUGCAGGGUUUUGUUGUGACCCAGCUGGUGACAUCUUGUGGUUCUGAUGGGCAUUCAAUGGCUUUGACGGAGAGCGGGGAAGUGUUCAGCUGGGGAGACGGAGAUUAUGGCAAACUGGGCCACGGAAACAGUGACCGGCAACGCCGGCCGAGGCAGAUCGAAGCUUUGCAAGGAGAAGAGGUGGUGCAGAUGUCCUGCGGCUUUAAGCAUUCGGCCGUGGUGACUGCAGAUGGCAAACUGUUCACGUUCGGGAACGGCGACUACGGACGGCUGGGGUUAGGAAACACAUCCAACAAGAAGCUUCCCGAGAGAGUGACGGCGCUGGAGGGCUACCAGAUUGGAGAGGUGGCCUGUGGACUAAACCACACAAUCGUCGUCUCUACUGAUGGUUCCAUGGUUUGGGCUUUUGGUGACGGGGACUAUGGGAAGCUGGGCCUGGGGAAUUCGACUGCAAAAUCCUCGCCACAGAAAGUAGAUAUUCUUUGUGGAAUAGGAAUCAAAAAAGUUGCCUGUGGAACUCAGUUUUCGGUUGCCUUGACGAAGGAUGGGCACGUAUACACAUUUGGGCAGGACCGGCUGAUUGGCUUGCCAGAAGGGCGAGCCCGGAACCACAAUCGUCCCCAGCAGGUUCCGGCCCUGUCAGGGAUCUUCAUUGAAGAUGUGGCUGUAGGAGCAGAGCACACCCUCGCCCUGUCCUCUGCCGGGGAUGUCUACGCCUGGGGCAGCAAUUCGGAGGGCCAGCUUGGAUUGGGCCACACCAACCAUGUCCGGGAGCCCACCCUGAUUACUUUUCUGCAAGGGAAGAAUAUCCGACAGAUCUCGGCAGGGCGAUGUCACAGUGCUGCGUGGACUGCCCCGCCAGUUCCCCCCCGAGCACCAGGGGUGUCGGUGCCUUUGCAGCUGGGCUUGCCCGAUGCCAUUCCGCCCCAGUACGGGGCCCUGAAGGAAGUGAGCAUCCACACUGUCCGAGCCAGGCUCCGGCUGCUCUACCACUUCUCCGACCUCAUGUACUCCUCGUGGCGGUUGCUGAACCUCAGUCCCAAUAACCAGAACAGCACUUCCCACUACAAUGCUGGAACGUGGGGGAUCGUCCAAGGGCAGCUGAGGCCGCUGCUGGCGCCACGGGUCUACACUCUGCCCAUGGUUCGGUCCAUCGGGAAAACAAUGGUCCAGGGGAAGAACUACGGCCCGCAGAUCACAGUCAAGCGGAUAUCCACCAGAGGUAGGAAGUGCAAGCCCAUUCUCGUCCAGAUCGCUAGGCAGGUUGUGAAGCUGAACGCUUCUGAUCUUCGCCUGCCUUCCCGGGCCUGGAAGGUGAAGCUUGUUGGGGAAGGGGCUGACGACGCUGGGGGCGUCUUCGACGACACCAUCACGGAAAUGUGCCAGGAACUUGAAACGGGAAUCGUGGACCUGCUGAUUCCUUCCCCAAACGCGACAGCCGAGGUUGGCUACAAUAGGGAUCGGCUGCUCUUGAACCCCUCUGCCUGCCUGGAUGAACACCUGACACAGUUCAAGUUUCUGGGCAUUCUGAUGGGCGUUGCCAUUCGCACCAAGAAGCCUCUGGACCUCCACUUGGCCCCCAUGGUCUGGAAGCAGCUCUGCUGUAUCCCGCUCACUCUGGAAGACUUGGAGGAGGUGGAUCUCCUCUACGUGCAGACCCUGAAUAGCAUUCUUCACAUUGAAGACAGCGGGAUCACAGAGGAGAAUUUCCACGAGAUGAUUCCUCUAGACUCUUUUAUCGGCCAGAGUGCUGAUGGAAAAAUGGUCCCCAUCAUCCCCGGUGGGAACAGCAUACCCCUCACGUUCUCAAACCGGAAGGAAUACGUGGAAAGAGCCAUCGAGUACAGGCUUCACGAAAUGGAUCGUCAGGUGGCUGCCGUGCGGGAAGGGAUGUCCUGGAUUGUCCCAGUCCCCCUGCUGUCCCUGCUGACCGCCAAGCAGCUGGAGCAGAUGGUCUGCGGCAUGCCGGAGAUCUCGGUGGACGUCCUGAAGAAGGUGGUGCGGUACCGGGAGGUGGACGAGCAGCACCAGCUCGUGCAGUGGUUCUGGCGCACCCUGGAGGAGUUCUCCAACGAGGAGCGAGUCCUCUUCAUGAGGUUCGUGUCCGGAAGGUCCCGCCUGCCUGCGAACACGGCCGAUAUUUCUCAGCGGUUCCAAAUCAUGAAGGUCGAUCGGCCUUAUGACAGCCUGCCUACCUCACAGACCUGCUUCUUCCAGCUGCGCCUCCCACCCUACUCCAGUCAGCUCGUCAUGGCGGAGCGUCUGCGCUAUGCAAUCAACAACUGCAGGUCCAUCGACAUGGACAAUUACAUGCUGUCCCGCAACGUGGACAAUGCCGAGGGCUCGGACACAGACUAUUGACUGUGGACAGAAAUCCCCCCCACCCCCACAAAGAACGCCCACACCGGAUUUCAGUGCUGACAUGGUUUUACAGUAAAAGGUAGAUGUUUUAGGAACAUAAGCAGUGGCCACCUUUUUAGUUACUCUAAAUGUAACAAAAUUUAGAUGUGUUUAUUUUUUGUGACUGUAAGCAAAAAAUGCAAAAAAGUGAGAUUGGUAAAGUUUCCCCCUUUCCCCCUAUUUUUGUUCACUUUUGAUAAGUUUGCAUGGAGCCUUUCUGGUGCACUUUUUACUUUGUUGGGAAUGGUACCUUUCCCUUUCCCAGUGAAUCUGAAGAGCUGUACAUUGUGUAUAAUUGUUCAUUAGAAAGGACAGUUUUACAUGAAUAUUCAUAUAUUUAUUUUUGUUUUAAUUUGAAAUGCCUGUCCAGGGUUCCUUAUGCAAAGAAAAUAAAGCAGAUUCAAGAACCGAA